AUGUCACAAGAGAAAGCAGCGCUUUGGUUCGCGCAACUGGAGGUAGUGUCCCUCCAGUUGCGCGAACCAAAGCUAUCUAAAAUCACUAGUGAUACUACGAAAUUUUACUUUGUGGCCACGCAACUAGAGACCAAGUACGCUAUUCAAGUAAAAGAUGUCAUUACCAAUCCGCCGGCGACCGACAAGUAUGAAAGAAUUAAAAAUGAAUUAAUUAAUCGCCUCUCAGCUUCUCAGGAAAAAAGGAUACAACACGAGGAGCUGGGACACCGCAAGCCUUCUCAGUUCCUGCGCCAUCUUCAGAACCUGGCAGGUCCAUCGGGGGCUACGGACUCCGUAAAGAGUAUAUUGACGAGCCGCCUGCCACAAAACAUCCAGACGGUAAUAGCGUCACAGAUAGAUGAAACUGUAUCUUGA